AUGCGAAUUUCUGACAUGAACCAACAGACCGCGGAGGACACUACGAAAAAAUGCAAUUUGCACGUAGCGCCACCUGAUGUGGGCCCAUACCGACUGACCGCUCCACCGGCUGUUGCAGUCUCAGCUAGGUCUCCCGCUUCCGGAUUGCAGUGUCUUCGGUCGAACGGCCUAAGGAAGCAGCAGCACGCCAAGAAGUUGCGGGGAUGCGAGCUGGAAGGCUUGGCCUUUGGAGCUCGCAGGUGCUUUCAUAACAGCCCCUCGGAGCACCAGGAAUGCGGGCAAGAGCGCCAGCAUCAGCUGCUGCAGGAUUCAGAAAUUUCUGCAAAUGCAGGCGCUCCGCCUCUCCGACUGCGCCGCGUUGUUCUUUUGAACAAAGUCACCCGGUUCGAGGUCUCUUUGGCGGAAAAAAUGGCUGCCUGGCGAAAGGAGCACCUUUCGCACAGCAAUUCGAGCGGAACCUGGCGAAAAGUGAAAGGCGACGAGGAUCCAUGUGAGGAUCCGACUUUAUACGUGCCUGGCAGUCGUGCCUUCGGGGCAGCAGCUGCCGCGGCAGAAGCAGCAGCGGCAGCAGCCCUCUCCCGCGACUUCCCGAGCGCUUACCGCACUCACGUUUUGCACCAACAGACAGCAGCGGAGGUGUAUAGACAGCUCAGAGAAGACUACGGUCUGCACGUCACCGUCAUCAAGGCCAGAACCAUGCAGGGGCUUAGCAUCACGAGGAAAGGCGCAGUUGCAUUCCCACCAGAUGCUGUUAUUUCGGCGGGUGGUGACGGCACGUAUCUGGAGGCAGCAUCCAUCAUCCCAGGGCAGACACUGGGAGAGCCGAGUGGACCGUGGCUCUUCGGUGUAAAUACAGACCCCGCGAGAUCCGAGGGCAGACUUUGCGUGAAAGCCCCCUUCUGCACACAAGCGCGCAGCGACAAACUCCAGCAGCAGCAGCCGGAGGAGCUGCAGCAGCAGCCACGGAGGGCCCAACAGGAGGAGCUGCAACAGCAGUACCAGCGACAGGAAAAAAAUAUGCAUGCGCAACAGCAGGGGUGUCUCGCGGUAGGAUCCAACGUGAGAUUUUGGACUCCUCGAGCUCCCGACUCCGAGAGCGGCGCGCCCUCUAGGGAGGCGGCGAAACCUCGGGGGGCCCCCUCGGGGGCCCCCGGAGGGGAGUUCGAUGCGAAGGCGUACGUGGCAGCCACUCUGCAGCACCUGCUACAGGGGGGAGCUCGCAUCGUAGCUCGCCAGAGGAUCAGAGCCACGCUCCGCUUCGCCCCGCACUUGCAGGGGGAGGUUGCAGCAACAAUUGGCAGAAAUCAAGCAGAGGCAAGCGCCUCAAGAGGGAGCGGAGGUGUAUCGACACUGGAAGGCUUAGGCCCCCCCAGAGGCUCAGUGGGAUUUUCUGUGAAUGGCUGCAGGAGCUCCAGUUCUAGAGGCUCCACGGAUAGCACUGAGAACGUCGCCUCAGGAGCAGUCUCGUGUCUGGGCGCAAGCCUCUCCGAGUCGCCGCAUGCUGAGAGCCUCGCGAGCCCAGGUGUAUGCUCAGCGGCUGCAGCCGCGGGGAGCACCUUCGGAGGGCUGACGUUCGACUGGGGGUGCCCCGUUACGUCUCAAGGGGUCGAAAUGAUGGAGGUUCGUCUGCCCUUUUUGUCAGUUAACGACGUUCUGGUGUCUGAGGCGAAUGUCGCCAAGACCCUUUAUGCGGACGUGUGGAUAGACGGGGAGGUGAGGAGGCACAAGAGCUCGGGAGUGUUGAUUUCCACAGGUACUGGCUCUAGCGCUUGGCACUUCAACAUGGGCUCAAUCUGCAAGGAACAGGCUAGAGCCGUUGCCGACAAGCUGAUGCGUCUUAGACCCCAACUUGGAGAAGGCGGUUCUGCCCUGACCGAAGAGGAACUAGGGCAAGUUGUGGCUGCCGCAAACGCCGAGCUACUGCUAGACCCCGGUGCUCCCUUUCUUCGCUUUCUCAUCCGCGAGCCAAUCGAAAACAGAAUCUUCUGCUGUGACAGAACGAUGGGAGUGGGCAAAGAAGUACGGGUGCGGCCGCUAGCUGGAGAGGUAAUUAUAUCCAUGGACGGUCUAGCUAAGCUUCCUCUGCCACCCCUCGUGGAGCUCGUGUUGUCUGUACACCCCGGCGACGCCCUCUGGACUGCGGAGUGA